AGGAGCCGGGCCGAGCCUGACGUCUGUCCUCUCCACGUGCGCACCGGCCUCCGAGGGAGCGGCCGGCCAGUGGCUGCCGCAUGGAACGCCUGCAGAAGCAACCUCUUACCUCCCCGGGGAGCGUCAGCUCCUCCAGAGACUCCAGUGUGCCCGGCUCUCCCUCCAGCAUCGUGGCCAAGAUGGACAACCAGGUGCUGGGCUAUAAAGACCUGGCUGCCAUCCCCAAGGACAAGGCCAUCCUGGACAUUGAACGACCUGACCUCAUGAUCUACGAGCCCCAUUUUACCUAUUCCCUCCUGGAACAUGUAGAGCUGCCUAGAAGCCGGGAGUGCUCACUGUCACCCAAAUCCACAUCCCCCCCACCGUCUCCAGAGGUGUGGGCGGAGAGCCGGACACUUGGACUCAUCUCUCAGGCUUCAACACCAAGGACCACGGGAACCCCCAGGACGAGCCUGCCCCAUUUCCACCACCCUGAGACUACCCGCCCGGAUUCCAACAUCUACAAGAAGCCACCCAUCUACAGGCAGAGAGAGUCGGUGGGAGGCAGCCCUCAGAGCAAGCACCUCAUCGAGGACCUCAUCAUUGAAUCAUCCAAGUUCCCAGCAGCACAGCCCCCCGACCCCAACCAGCCAGCCAAGAUAGAGACUGACUACUGGCCGUGUCCCCCGUCGCUGGCCGUUGUGGAGACAGAAUGGAGGAAACGGAAGGCAUCUCGAAAGGGGGCAGAGGAAGAGGAGGAGGAAGAAGAUGAUGACUCUGAAGAGGAGAUUAAGGCCAUCAGGGAGCGGCAGAAAGAGGAACUCAGUAAGGUUACUUCCAACUUGGGAAAGAUGAUCUUGAAAGAAGAGAUGGAAAAGUCAUUGCCCAUCCGGAGGAAAACACGCUCUCUGCCUGACCGGACACCCUUCCAUACCUCCUUGCAUUCCGGAACAUCUAAAUCCUCUUCCCUUCCUUCCUAUGGCAGGACCACUCUGAGCCGGCUACAGUCCACAGAAUUCAGCCCAUCGGGAAGUGAGGCUGGGAGCCCAGGCCUGCAGAACGGAGAGGGCCAGAGGGGGAGGAUGGAUCGGGGGAACUCCCUGCCCUGUGUGCUGGAGCAGAAGAUCUAUCCCUAUGAGAUGCUGGUGGUGACCAACAAGGGGAGGACUAAGCUGCCUCCGGGUGUGGACCGCAUGAGGCUUGAGAGGCAUUUGUCAGCAGAAGACUUCUCUAGGGUCUUCGCCAUGUCUCCUGAGGAGUUUGGCAAGCUAGCCCUGUGGAAGCGGAACGAACUCAAGAAGAAAGCUUCCCUCUUCUGACAUCCCUGCCAGCUCGCCCUGUCCGUGACAGUACCUUCCUUCUGCUGCUU